AUGUCCAACAAACACCAUCAUGCUCCUUACGGUUCCGCCCCCGUAGCUGUUCCUGGAGGCGCUCCAGCUGGUACCUUCGCGCCAGGCACCAAGAUUCAGGUCGGCAGUCGCCGUGUGGUCAUUCAGAAAUAUCUCUCUGAAGGAGGCUUCGCCCAUGUAUACCUCGUCAAGUUGGACAAGCCUGUUGACGGCACUGAUCAAGCCGUCCUGAAGCGGGUUGCGGUGCCCGAUAAGGAUACUUUGCGGGGCAUGCGCACCGAGGUCGAAACAAUGAAGCGCCUCAAAGGCCACCGACCGAUUGUCACAUAUAUCGACUCGCACGCUUCUGAACUUCAAGGAGGAGGCUAUGAAGUUUUUCUAGUCAUGGAGUUUUGCAAUGGCGGCGGCUUGAUCGAUUUUAUGAACACCAGGCUACAACACCGCCUUACCGAGCCAGAGAUCCUCAACAUCUUCACCGACAUCGCUGAGGGUGUCGCGUGCAUGCAUUACCUAAAACCACCACUACUGCACCGCGAUAUCAAAGUCGAAAACGUUCUAAUAACCGCUAGAGGGUCUUCCAAGCGUUUCAAACUUUGCGAUUUCGGCUCAGCAGCAUCACCUCUUCCCGCCCCCACCACCGUUACUGAGUGCCGCCUCAUGGAUGAAGAUGUGCAGAAGCACACCACAAUGCAGUACAGGAGUCCUGAAAUGGUCGACGUAUACCGCAAGCAACCUAUAAACGAGAAAUCUGAUAUUUGGGCAUUGGGUGUCUUGCUGUAUAAGCUGUGCUACUAUACUACUCCUUUCGAGGACCAGGGCCAAUUGGCCAUCUUAAACGCCAGCUACCGUUUCCCUAGUCACCCUGUCUUUUCUGACAGGCUCAAGAAAUUGAUAGCGUCAAUGUUGAGAGAGAAUCUACAGGAUCGACCAAACAUUUAUCAAGUAUUGAAGGAAGGAUGCGCCAUGCAAGGACGCGAUGUCCCAGUUCAAGAUAUCUAUAAUGGCCGUUCCCAACCACAUGUUAGAACUGAUAGCCCUCAUCAUAUGGCCCAGAAACCGGAGCAAGCGCCAGUGGGUGCGGUUUUUGAGCGCGUCGAACCGCAGAAGCAGGUUAUCCCUGAUGUUGUGCCGAUGAGAAGAGGACGACCGACUGCUUCGCCAGCCCCAGGCAAGGUGUCCCAGAAACCGGAAGCUUCCCCAAUGCGAAAGUCAGAAGGGGAUCCUUUCGCAGCCCUGGAUUCAAAGGCCGCUUCGAAAGGAUUUGAUGAAUUGUCAUCUCGAUUCCCUACGCUCGACCAGUUCUCAUUGUUGCACGACCAGGGGAGCAAGUUCGAUUUCGAUGUUUCCUCACCUAUUUCUCCAGUAAAUGCAUCCUCAAAUCUAAACGAGAGAGUAACAGCAAAAUUGGCGGAUGAGGCAUUCGCGUCUCCCCCAGCCGACUCUUCUCGCCCGAAGCCAGUGUCUAGAACUCACUCGGUUACCCCUGUCGGGCAUCAAUCGGCCGUCGCCUCCCCUCCCCUCGAGCCUUCAUUGUCAAAGACUUCAUCCGCACCGAGCAGACCUGAUAUCAGCAGGGCACAAUCCAUUAUCAGCAACAAUCCUGAGUUACAGGCCAUCUCUUCUCAAAACAGCUCCCGCUAUGUCUCCACGGGUACGAUGACUUCAACACCGCCGCCAGCCGAGAAGUAUAGCCGCGAGAUGGAACAGCCCGUCCAACACGAUGUUCAUGAUUAUGUCCGCUCCAGUAGCGCCACAAGGCAACCUGAGCAAAGUGCAGGACAGUGGACUAUGGAGGAGCCUCGUCCUACUUAUGUGCAAAGAAUCCCACCUUUCCAACAGUCCGGUCAUGAACGUCAGCCGUCCUCGUCUAGACCGUCCCUGGAGGGUGGUCGCCCCCGUGCUGACUUCUUGGAACCCUCGUCGCGCGCUUCACCGGCACCGGCGCCAUCACGACCUCGACCUGCCAGCACAAACCUCGAGGGAACAACUCUUGAUUUUCUGCGUGAGAGAGAGGCCGCAUCGCGCUCCUCGAGUCGACCACCCCAAGCUCCUUCACCCUAUCAGGAACCUGCAGAUGAUCCACGUGCAUCGAGUGACAUGGACUUCUUGAGAAGUCUGGAGGACUCAGAGCGAACCAAGCGUUCUAGCUUGACUGCGCUGUCAGGUAACAAGAAUAUUCUCGCUGGCAAAUUUGGAGACGCAUUCAAACGCUUCGAAGGUAGCUCUCCUAACAAUGGAAGAAUUCCAUCACCCGAAAGGGAGACAGCACGCCGCGACUUGACUCCCAUUGCCGGCUCCGAAGCAACGGAUGGACGUAGCGACGAUGGUCAUGUUCAUGACGACGAGGACUGUAUGACACCUGAGAUGAGGCGUGAGAUGGAACGCUUGAAGCUUCAAGAAGAGGAACAGCGGGUGGAGGCGGCACAAGCUGAAUACCGAAAGAGGGUAGCUGCAGGACAACGUGGACCACCAGUUCCUCCAAAGAGCAUCGGCGGGGUUUCGCGUGCUGUCAGUAUCCAAAACCGGGUCCAGAGUCUUUUGAACGAGGAACAGAAACCAUCCAAUGUUCAAAGGACUGCUCAAGGUUACGGCAAGUAUACCGACACCCCUGAGACUGGUAACAAGUCCGAGAAACCUCUGCCAGGAGUGCCUAAGAAGCCAUUGAACGUGACAAAGACCCGGGCCGAUUCUCCUCAAAUCCGAAGCCCAUCUUCGACAUCGUCUGCUCCUCCAGCUCUGACUUCAAAGCCUCCAAUGAAGCCCCCAGCCCCCAAGAAGCCGGUCCACCUCAACAGUCUCCCCACUGGUCAGAGACCGCCAUCGCCUCAGAAACCAACCCGUGCUCUAACAGCUUCAGAGGACCUUAUCAGCAUGGAUAGCCCUGGGCAACAAAUGCUGGAGAUGACAGCUCAAGAGAAGGAUGAUUAUCUACAGGACUUUUCCAAGCGGUUUCCCAGCCUAGGCUCGAUUGAAAUGGUCGAGCGAGAGAUCAGUGGACAGAACGGAGGAUCAAGCCGGUAA